GAGUCAAAUUUCGAAGUUGAUUCUCCGGGGUGUUUGAACAGGAAGGCGGACAUGUUGGCCAGGCAGUGCGAGAAAAUCGGGCACAGUCUGUUUUUCGAAAAAUAACAUCGCCUGAAAUAUAUGUGUAUUUUAAAGUAUAAACGUAGGUUUCCGCAUGUAUGGUUUAAAAUAGUUGUGCUGUGAAGAUGCUACAUAUAAGACGGACGGACUGCAAUGGGGCGUUUUAACAGGAUGGUGUUUUAAAGUGAUCGAAUUUUGGAAGGCGAAGUUUUUUUUCGCCACUUCUACUUUGCAGCUGUCAGUCUCGUUUGUGGGUUUUUUUUUUUUGCAAGGGCCUGGCACUGAUAUGGACACGGGCCUGGAGUAAUGUGACUACCCUGCAAGCCAUCUUUGUAACUUCUGUUUUAUCUACUUGGUGUAUGGACGCAACCAGAUCAUUUUCUUUUAAAUUGUGCUGCACACCACUUGGUCCCACUGCGGCAGUCUGGAGAGCCUUGGUAAUCUGUUGCUGCUAGCCAGCUAGCUAGCUAGCUAGUUUCUACUUUUUCCCUUUUUUGUCCUGCUAGCUAGCUAGCGAAGUUGUCAUUGGCGAUACCAACGUUAACUCUGCGGAAACAACAAGUCUUAUGUUUUUCCUAAAAUGUGGGUUUUGGUCAUCCGGUGUUCUUUUCUACCUUACAAUGAGUGUGAAAAACUGAAAAGACACACAACCCUUCUUUGAUCAUACAUCCACUACUGUUAACUGCACGAGUCAACGCGAAGGAAGAAGUUUGAGAGCUCAUCAGUAAGCUAGCUAGCUCAUAAGGCUAGCCACAAUAUUUGAUUCACUGCUAGCGCCGGCGUGGAACUCAGUUUGACAGCAAAAAUGUCUUCGGAGGAAAGUUUGGCGGCUCGUUUCGAGAAAAUCGAUUCCAUGUUGAAGGAUCCUAAAUCAGAAGUCAACACCGACUGUUUACUGGAUGGCUUGGAUGCGUUGGUUUACGACCUGGACUUUCCUGCCCUCAGGAAGAACAAGAGCAUUGACAACUUCUUGAACCGAUACAAGGACACCAUCAGUAAGAUCCGUGAUCUGCGCAUGAAGGCAGAGGACUAUGAAGUGGUGAAGGUCAUCGGCAGAGGGGCGUUUGGAGAAGUGCAGCUGGUAAGGCAUAAAGCCACACAGAAGGUGUACGCCAUGAAACUUCUCAGCAAGUUUGAGAUGAUCAAGAGGUCUGAUUCAGCUUUCUUCUGGGAAGAGAGGGACAUCAUGGCCUUUGCUAACAGUUCUUGGGUGGUGCAGCUGUUCUAUGCAUUCCAAGACGACCGCUACCUCUACAUGGUCAUGGAGUACAUGCCAGGCGGAGACCUGGUCAACCUGAUGAGCAACUACGAUGUCCCCGAGAAGUGGGCCCGCUUCUACACCGCUGAGGUGGUGCUGGCGCUGGAUGGCAUCCACUCCAUGGGCUUCAUCCACAGGGAUGUAAAGCCUGACAACAUGUUGCUUGACAAAUCAGGUCACUUGAAGCUGGCCGACUUUGGAACCUGUAUGAAAAUGAAUAAGGACGGUAUGGUACGAUGUGACACUGCAGUAGGAACGCCUGAUUACAUAUCACCUGAGGUACUGAAAUCACAAGGAGGAGAUGGCUACUAUGGCAGAGAAUGCGACUGGUGGUCGGUUGGAGUCUUCCUGUAUGAAAUGCUAGUUGGUGACACGCCGUUUUACGCCGACUCGUUGGUCGGGACGUACAGCAAGAUCAUGAACCACAAGAACGCGCUGACUUUCCCGGACGACAGUGAGAUCUCUAAAGACGCCAAGAACCUCAUCUGCGCCUUUUUAACAGACAGGGAGGUGCGACUCGGCCGCAACGGGGUCGACGAAAUCAAACGGCACGCCUUCUUCAAGAACGACCAGUGGACGUGGGACAACAUCAGAGACACGGCUGCCCCGGUGGUGCCGGAGCUGAGCAGCGACGUGGACACCAGUAACUUUGACGACAUUGAGGAAGACCGAGGCGAGGAGGAGACCUUCCCCAUACCCAAGACCUUUUUAGGCAACCAGCUUCCCUUUGUGGGCUUCACCUACUACAGUAACCAAGUGUGUCUUCGGACGAGCACAAAGACGAGCGAAAAGCGUGGCAGCUCCACCAAGGAGGACAAAACCCAUCUGGAGAACCUGCAGAAGAGGAUCUACCAGCUGGAGGAGCAGCUCCACAGUGAGAUGCAGCUUAAGGAUGAGAUGGAGCAGAAGUGCAGGACCUCCAAUACAAAAUUAGACAAAAUCAUGAAAGAGCUAGAUGAGGAGAUCAAUCAGAGGAAAAACGCAGACGCGUCCCUGUCCCUGCUGGAGAAGGAUAAGAUCAUGAUCCAGCAUCGUGCCACUGAAUACCAAAGAAAGGGUGAUCAGGAGGCGGAGAAGAGGCGCAAUGUGGAGAAUGAAGUUUCCACUUUGAAAGAGCAACUGGAAAACAUGAGGAAAAUCAGCCAGAAUUCCCAGGCCUCCAAUGACAAGAUAGCACAGCUGCAGAAUCAACUGGAAGAGGCCAAUGACUUGCUGCGGGCGGAGUCGGACACGGCGGCGCGGCUGCGCAAGAGCCACACUGAGAUGAGCAAGUCCAUGAGCCAGCUGGAGGGCCUGAACCGCGAGCUGCAGGAGAAGAGCCGCGCCGCCGACAACGGCAAGCUGGCGCUGGAGAAGGAGCUGCUGCAGCUGCAGAGCACGCUGGACUCCGAGCGACGCAACUGCAGCCAGGGCUCCGAGGAGAUCCGCGAGCUCCAGGCACGGAUAACUGGUCUGCAAGAGGACAACAAGAACUUGAAGCUCGGUUUUGGCAAAGUGGAGGCCGAACGGAAGCAGGCACAAGAGAGGAGCAAUACUCUUGAGAAGGAAAAGAACAACCUGGAGAUCGACCUGAACUACAAGCUGAAGACGCUGCAGCAGCGCCUGGACCAGGAGUUCACCGAGCACAGGGUGACUCGUGCACAGCUCACAGACAAGUACGAGUCCAUCGAGGAGGCCAAGUCAGCUGCCAUGCACGCUGUGGAGCAGAAGGUGUCGGAGGAGAGCGUGUCGCGGAUGCGGGCCGAGAGCCGCGUGGUGGAGGUGGAGAAGCAGUGCUCCAUGCUGGAGUUCGACCUCAAGCAGUCGGUGCAGAAGAUGGAGCAGCUCAUGAAGCAGAAGGAGAGACUAGAGGACGAGGUGAAGGCGCUGCGGGUUCAGCUGGAGCAGGAGUCGGGGAAGCGGGCGCUGGCCCAGAGCGAGCUGAAGAGCUGGAUGGUGGAGGCCGACCGGCUCAAGGCCUCGGAGAAGCAGCUGAAGCAGGAGAUCAACGCGGUGCUGGAGAACAAGCGCUCCCUGGAGUUCCAGCUCGCCCAGCUCACCAAGCAAUACAGGGGGAACGAAGGCCAGAUGAGAGAACUCCAAGACCAGCUGGAGGCUGAACAGUAUUUCUCGACGCUUUACAAAACUCAGGUGAAAGAGCUGAAGGAGGAGAUCGAGGAGAAGAACAGGCAGCUGCAGGACGCCCACAAGAAGGUGCAGGACAUGCACGGGGAAAGGGACUCUCUGUCGGCCCAGCUGGACCUGACCGUGACCAAGGCCGAGUCGGAGCAGCUGGCGCGGGCCCUGCAGGAGGAGCAGUACUUCGAGCUGAGCCAAGAGAACAAGAAGGCCAUGUCCCGCCACAAGCAGGAGUGCAACGAGAAGGACUCCACCAUUGCCCGACUUGAGGAAUCCAAUAAAACCCUUACCAAAGACGUGGAGACCCUCAGCAAGGAGAAGUCCGAACUGGAUGACAAGAUCCGCUCUCAGACAGAAGAGUACGAGGCCCAGAAAGAGGAAACUACAAACGCCAUCAAGGCCAACUAUGAGAAGGUGCUCAACACAGAGCGAACGCUCAAGACCCAGGCGGUGAACAAGCUGGCCGAGAUCAUGAACAGGAAGGACAUGAAGCUGGACCACAAGAAGAAGGGCAGCACGGCCGACCUGCGCAAGAAGGAGAAGGAGAACCGCAAGCUGCAGCUGGAGCUCAACCAGGAGAAGGAGAAGUUCAACCACAUGGCCAUCAAAUACCAGAAGGAGCUGAGCGAGUUGCAGGUGCAACUGGCGGAGGAGAGCGCGUACCGCACGGAGCUCCAGAUGCAGCUGGACAGCAAGGAGAGCGACAUCGAGCAGCUGCGCGAGCGCCUCAACGACCUGCAGCUGCGCAUGGACAACUCCAGCGUCACCAGCCUGCAGACGGACGAGACCGACAGCAACAUCGCCGAAUCACGAAUGGAAGGCUGGCUGUCGAUACCUAACCGUGCUAACAUAAAACGAUACGGCUGGAAGAGACAGUAUGUUGUGGUCAGCAGCAAGAAAAUCCUGUUCUACAAUGACGAGCAGGACAAGGAGCAGUCCAGCCCCUCUAUGGUACUCGAUAUCGACAAACUGUUCCACGUGCGUCCAGUCACACAGGGUGAUGUGUACCGAGCUGAGACUGACGAGAUUCCCAGGAUAUUCCAGAUCCUCUAUGCCAACGAGGGCGAGUGCAGGAAGGAGGCCGACAUGGAGUCGGUGCCCCAGGGCGACAAGACCAACUGUCUGCCCCACAAAGGCCACGAGUUCAUCCCCACGCUCUACCACUUCCCCACCAACUGCGAGGCCUGCUCCAAGCCCCUGUGGCAUGUCUUCAAGCCGCCACCCGCCCUCGAGUGCCGGCGCUGCCACGUCAAGUGCCACAAGGACCACCUGGACAAGAAGGAGGACAUGAUCGCUCCCUGCAAAGUGAAUUACGACGUGACCUCAGCGAGGGACAUGCUGGUGCUGGCCCUGACUCAGGAUGAGCAGAAGAAGUGGAUCGGUCACCUGGGCAAGAAGAUUCCCAAGACCCCUCCCUCAACUUUCUCCAGGGCCUCCCCUCGCACCAUGUCCACCCGCUCCGUAGCAAACCAGUCCUUCCGUAAGAACCCCAAAAGUAUCACGGGCAAGCCAAGCUAACCAUCUGAUCCGUUGGAUUCUGUUGGGACUUUGUACCUUUUGUCGU